UAAAUUAUUUUGUUCAUCAAAGAGAUAUACUCCUCUCCUCUCUUCUUUCCUUUUAAUUUGUUCUUAUGUGAACAUCAUGUCAACAGGUUACCAGUUUUCUCGGUGGCUAGCAGCCAUGGUGGUCGUUCUAUGGAUGAUUGUGAAGCCAGGCAGUGCACAAUCAAACGAUAGCAGUAGUAGCACUGUUGACAUGCCGAUUAGAUCAUUUUGUGGCCCUGUUGAUGUCAUGUCUCCUACAGUAUUCUUCACUAAUCUCAACUCCACAUUUGCUUCACUUAGAAAAGAGUUAUCCAGGAAAGGUGUCUAUUUUGCAAGAAGCAACAACUUAGGAAAUGCAGAUUCAGUCUAUGGUACUACCCAAUGCAGGCGAUACCUCUCAACAGCCAAGUGUAUGUCUUGCUUCGAUGUGGGGGUUUCUAUAUUGACUGCACGUUGCACUACCCAAAAUGGUGCUUAUGUUAUUCUUGAUGACUGUUUCAUCAGGUAUCAGAACUACCAAAAUUACUACGAUGAUCCAACAGUGAUAGAGGAUGUAGGAGUGACUUCAGCUGGAAUAUGUGGUAAUCAAUCAACAUCUGAGCCAUCAACCUUCAACAAAUUUAUGGAGGAGUUUUUGUUAGAUAUUCAAGUUGCCACACCAAGAACUUCUAACUUUUAUGUUGCAUCUACGACAACACGCUCAAGUGGGAAUGCAACAUUGUACGCAAUUGCACAAUGCAUUGAAAACACAACUCAAAAUAUUUGCCAAGACUGUCUGGAUACAGCAUAUAACAAUUUAGUAGAUUGUCUCCCUAAUACCGAAGGAAGAGCUAUUAAUUUGGGGUGUUUUAUGAGGUAUUCUGGCACACCAUUUUUUAAAGAUAACCAGACAAUUGACAUCACGUCUUUUCUACAAGAAGAGAGUUCAAGCAAAUUAGGCAUGAUUGUUGCAGUAACAGUCGGUGGAGGCAUAUUCUUUCUUAUGCUUGUUUUCUCACUAUGGUAUCGACUACCAAAAAGAUCAAAGGCAAUUGAAGAAGAUGCUUCUGAGCUACAAGGGGCAGUAAAUUUCAGCUAUAAAGAUAUGAAACUAGCAACUGGAAAUUUUAACGAAGAAAAUCGAAUAGGGAGAGGAGGAUUCGGUGAAAUGUAUAAGGCAACUAUAGACAACAAGAAUGUUGUGGCAGUGAAGAAACUUCUUGUACGGCAUGGUAUAGCAAGACUAGAAUUUGACAAUGAGGUUAAACUGAUGAGUAGCGUCCGCCUCGGUAAUCUUGUCCUUGUUCUUGGUUGGUCCAGUGAAGGACCAGAGCUCCUUUUGGUCCUAGAAUACAUGCCGAAUGGUAGUCUUGACAAAUUCUUGUGGGGCAUGGAAGUUGUAUGAGGACAACAUGCAUCUCAAGAUCAUUGAUGAAAAUUUAUAUCUGACAGAGAGUGAACAAGAACAUGUCAAGAAGAUCAUUGAAAUUGCCUUAAAGUGCACUCAAUCCCCAGUUAGCAUAAGACCAACCAUGUCUGAAGUUGUUUUACUGAUUUCAAAUGAAAGAUCUUUGGUGCGAAGAAAUUGAGGCAGCAAGUCUAGUUUCAUCAUUCUCGAUAAAUUAACUUGAAGGAGACUAUUCUACAAAUACUAGAAGAGGUGUUCAAAAAUCUUAAAGGAAAAUGAAGGCGUGUCUGAUCACCUGCGGAGAUUUAAGAUUAAAAGUAGGAAUAUAUUUUUUAAAAUGAGCAAAGUUUUUGCCCAAGAUGAUCACUUAGACAUGAUAAAAUAUCUUCUUAUGCUACACAACGACUUUAGUUUCCUACGAAGGUUUGGUAUUUGAACGAUUUUAUCUCAUAAUAUUGAAAAACAAAUAUUUAAUGCUUUUAUUCAA